AUGACUGACCAAGGGCCUUUCACCAAUUUAGAAGUUUUCCUAGAUGUUUUGGGUGCAUUUUGUAAUGAAGCAAUGACUCGAUCAAAAAUUGAAUCAAUCGCAAUUGUUCAAUACACAAUUCACUUGACAGUAGUCGUAAUAUAUGCAGCUUACUCAGGAGUAUUAAUUAGUUCGUUAACAGUUAAUCGAUUUGAGGCACCUAUUCAAACCUUGGAAGAAUUUGCUAAAGAUAGCUCUUACAGAAUGGGAGUUCUAGACGACUCGGCAUAUUAUUACAUUUUUCGAAAUGCUACUGAUAAAGUAGUUCAUCAAAUUUAUGAACAUAAAAUCAAAGUAGAAACUUCAUUACCCCAAACUUUUGCUGAAGGAAUAAGACGUGUAUGUAAUGAAGAUAAUUAUGCAUUUUUAAGUGCACAACCUCUCAUAUCACAAUGGAAAUCUCCCAAUUGCAUAUUGAAAUCAUCAGAAACUAUAUUUGCAGCAUCAAUAUGUAUGGGGAUGCAUAAAAGCAGUCCAUUUCGAGGAGGAACCAAUCACUCCAGUACAACUCCACAAUGUGGUUCCAUUAAUUGUUUUUCUCCUAGGGAGUUGCCUCCUCAGCCUUUUAUUUCUCUGGACAACAAAAUUCUCCAACAAAACAGUAAAAAUUUCUUUGUAUUCUUCGACGACUCUGAUCAACUAAAAAUUCAGCUUAUGAAACAGUUAAUACCGCUGAUAGACAUAUCUGAUCCUGUCUGGCUGAUUUUCUUUAAUGAUGACACAGAAAUCAAGAAUUACUUUGUUGAUGUUUAUAUACCAUUUAAUUGUCGAUUUAUGAUAUCACAGAAAAAUUCUAGCAGUAGUAAUAAUAGUACAAUAAUAACAGAAAUUUAUCAAGUAGAUAAAUACACGGAAUUAAGAUAUAACAUCUUUGGAAGUUGGAAUCCAGAUUAUGGGUUUCAAUUACCCACAUUUACCUUGUACAGGCGACGAAGUAACUUGUAUGGUCAUUUGAUGCGAAUAGCAGUGUUAGAUUCUACUCCUGGUUCCACAAUUGUAAUGGAUGAGCAACGUGGUAUCAGAAUAGGAGGAAUUUUUGGUGCAGUUGUGGAUAUUCUACAAGAACGAAUGAAUUUCACGCCAGCUUAUCAUGUAGUAUCUGAAUACGGCUCUCGCUUACAAAAUGGCACUUGGACAGGAGGUGUUGGUAGUCUGGUCUACAAUAUUUGUGACAUUUUUCCUACUAAUUUACGAAUGGUUUCUGCUAGGCUGGAAGCUAUACAAUUUACUACACCAUUAUACUUAACUAGAGAUUGUUUCUUCUUCAAAAAACCUCUCUCAACGCUAUCAUGGAACUUAUUUCUAACUCCUUUCAGCGAAAGUAUUUGGAUCAUCAUUCCAUGCUUAAUUAUAAUUACUAGUAGUAUAAUUGCUCUCAUUAUAUUUUUCUAUAAGAGAAAUAGGUUUUUAACAUUAGUAGAAACAAAUGCCUUAAGAAUCUCUGAUGUUUUUUUGGAUGUUUUUGGAGCAUUUUGUGGUCAAGGCAUGCCAAAGUCAACCAUCGCUUCAAUUAAUGUUGUCCAAUUUACUACUCACUUAACUGCAAUAAUAAUACUUGCAGCAUAUUCAGGAAUUCUCACUAGCUCGUUGACAAUCAAUAAUUUUGUAGCACCCUUUGCGACUAUGGAAGGAUUUAUCAAAGAUGGAUCUUACCGGAUGGGAGUUUUAGGAAACUCGGCAUACUAUGAUUUUUUUCAGAAUGCUGCUGAUGAAAUAACAAAAGAAAUUUUUGUAAAAAAAAUAUUAACAGAGGCUUCAUUACCACAGACAUUUGCAGAAGGAUUGGAACGGGUAUGUCUUGAGAAAAACUAUGCUUUCUUAUCAUCAGAUCUUCCUGCUGCAAAAUUUCGUAUGAAGAAUUGUAUCCUAUUGGCAUCAGAAGCUGUGUUUGUGGCAUCUUUAGCCAUUGGAUUACCACAAAAUAACCCAUAUCGUGGAUUAAUUGAUCGCCACAUUUUCAUAUUGAGAGAUAGUGGUGUAUUACACAAAAUUAUCGACGAUUGGACUAAUACUCCACCUACAAAAGCAGAAGAUGAAGCUAAAACAGUCGAAUUUUACAAUAUUCUACCACUGAUGACUUUGUUAAUUUUUCAUAAGAAUAAAAUAAAGCUAUACCUUCAAGAGAUUUGACACUUCUAAAAACUCAUCAUGUUGAUCCAGGUGUGCUCCAAAUUAACGAGAUGCUUACUGAGAUAUUUAGGCUGUCAUUAUCUAUUAAAGAGUGUUGUACUUCUUA